GUCCACAGAGCACCGCUUGCCGCUGCGUGCCAAACAACAGUCAUGGAUAAUCUAUACUUCGUCCUACCAUACCCAUUGCACGGAAAUGUCGUCUCGUCGCUCAUGUGCCGAGUAGUGGCCAAUCCACUGAACCCCGGCCGAAAAUUCAUCCCGAACCUCGAUGAACCUAGUCCCCUCGUGCUCUCAGAAGUCCUUCCGAAUCUUCUCCCCGACCCUAUUGCUGUGGAGCCGACAGCCUCGAUGACUUCAGGGAUGAAUACCACCUUGAAAGCUCGUCUGGAGCAGCUCUUCAGCUAUACCAACAAAACCAAUACCACUCAGUCGUUCGAGCUAAAGGCGCAGAUUCAGCGUUACACACUGACACAAAACGACUGGAAGUUUAGAAAACUGCUGGAGAAUGACAGGUUCGCGCAGGAGGUGACACAGCUAGUCCGCGAAAAUGGCGGGAAAGCCUACAUGGUCUCAGCAUUCCUGACUUGCGAAGAGUCAACGUGGAUGAGGAGCACCAAGGACCGCAGCUCCCAUUCGGGGCAAGCCAAAUUUGGAACCACUGACGGCAACGCCACGAAGGUGGAGGCGUCCGGGGCUGUUGUGAAGAACGCCGGUCACCGCAGGGAAGGCGAAAUCACCGACAAGCUUGUUUUCGCCAUUGCCUAUGACGUUAUCGGAACUGAGUGGUAUUUCGAAUGGAAUGCGAAAUGGUUCCCGCAGCUGAAAACGAAGAUUGUCCUGAAGUCGGAACUCAGAGCAGAUUGGCAUCAGUUGAGUAUGGGGAAGGAGGAAGAAGAGGAGGAGGUCCUUGAUGAUGGUGACGAAGGGGACGACAAAAAGCGAGUUUCCGCGGCCAAUCUCAUUCUUGCGGGGAUGAGCAAGGAGGCGUAUGAUCUUCUUCAGACGUCUAACCCAGACGGCGAGGCGAAGGAUUCUGAACACGGACCAUAA